UCGCUGCGGGAAGCCGGGAAACCGAUAAGAGUAUCGAGAGGUCGUUUCCCAACACCUUCCGUCGUUCUAGUUCGUGAAGUGCAAAGUGCAACCAGUUUCCCAGGAUGGCAGACGAAUUUACCGUGCUCCCGUUAAAGUUCGAGGAAGGCGAUACGCACUAUCAUCAGCUGUUUGUGAAAAAGAAUAACAUCAAAGCGUCGUCCACCAAAAAACCCGCCGGCCGGACAAUUUACGCCGUGAACGUUCCGCCGUACGUGACCGCGGCCUCGCUGCGGGAAGCAUUUUCAGCAGCAGGAACGGUAGAACGAGUAUCGCUGCAAGAAAAACCAUCCAGCAAGGGUACAACACCGGACCAGAAGACGGCCAACAAAGAUCACUUCCAGUUUAAGGUGGCGUACGUCGUGUUCCGAGAUGAGAACGACAUCCGGAAACUGCUCAAGAAACGGCUAAUCAACCCGCUCAACGCCGACCAACAGCUCCUGACGGGUAUCGACAAGUGGACAAAAGCAUACCAAGAGCGCAUUCCCGAUCCGGUCGCGAUGCAGUCGGAAAUCGAUCAGUACAUGGCCACGUACGAUAAGGCCGUGGAGAUGAAAAAACUGGAAGAAAGUCGCCAAACGCAGAACGACGGAUGGACAACGGUGACGAAGAAAAACUCGGGCGUCUUCUCGCAAAAGCAGUCCGUGGUGAAGAAGCUGGAAAAGAAGCUGGACAGUGACCGUAGCACGAAGGAGCUGAGGAACUUCUACACCUUCCAGAUUCGAGAGUCAAAGAAAAACGAAAUCAUCAGCCUCCGGAAGAAGUACGAUCGUGAUGUGAAGAAAAUGGAGCAGAUGAAGAAAACGAAACGUUUCAAACCGUAUUGAGGUGGAUAAAUGGAGCAAUAAACGGAGCAGUUUAUACGAUA